AAUCCAUCACUCCUUCGAUUGGUGAAUUGUGUUCAUCUUUAAGAAAAUGGGAAGCUUAAUGUGGUUUUCCCAAAUCCUCUGCCUUUCCUUCAUGUUGUUACAGUUUCGAGUCCAAAGCUCAUCACCUUCUCAAUCUUCUCUCAAUUCAUCACCACAUUUGUGCCGUCCUGAAGAGCGUUCUGCAUUGCUUGAUUUCAAAAGCACUACUAAAUUGGGGGAAUACUGUUUUGAUACUCCUCGUCCCAUAUUACAAACUUGGAAUGAGAGUAAAGACUGCUGCUUGUGGGAAGGCAUCGCAUGCGACAAGCGGAAUGGUCACGUGAUUGGCCUUGAUCUUAGCGGUAAUUGUCUUGAAGCCAAUCUAACUACAAAUAGUAGUCUCUUCCGCCUUGAGAAAUUGCAGAGUCUCAACCUUUCUGACAAUUAUUUUCAUUAUCCUAACAUCUCGUUUGGGUUCAACCGUUGGAAGAGUCUGACAUAUCUUAAUCUCUCAGGUCUGACAUAUCUUAAUCUCUCAGGUUCAGAAUACAUGUAUGGCUCUCUCCCGUUUGAUGAGAUCUUCUUGCUAUCGAAAUUGGUUUCACUCGAUCUCUCUGAUAAUUAUGGUUUGCUUCUUGACAACAUAAAGUUUCAAAUGCUUGUGCAUAACUUAACAGAAUUAAGGUUUCUUAUCCUUGAUUUUAUGGAUAUGUCUCUGGUUGUGCCUUCUUCCUUGCUAAACUUGACUUCUUCCUUGGAGCAUUUGAGCUUUAGCGAUUGUAAUUUGCAAGGAAUUCCAAACCGAGUUUUUCAGCUUCCAUCUCUCCAGGUUCUUGAUUUAAGCUCCAACCCUUAUUUAGGAGACCUCCAAAACAACCGCCUUACCGAACCUAUUGAUCAUGUUGAGAUGCCCAAUCUCAUUUUACAAGAAGUCUAUUUGUCCAAUAAUGACAUGAGUGGUUCAAUUCCUAGCUUCUUCUUUGAUCUUGUGCGUCUUGCUAGUGUGGACCUUUCUUCAAAUAACUUAACUGGCACCAUUACACGCGACAUGCUUUCGAAGCUUGUAAACCUUGAGGAUCUUGAUCUUUCCAAUAAUAGUUUGUUGUCUUUGAGCAAUAAUGGCAGUGUUGUCAACUAUUCCUUUCUUCCGAGCCUCCAGUCUUUAACUUUCUCUUCUUGCAACAUACACAAGUUCCCAGGUUUCUUAAGGAAGGCAGAGAAAUUGCGAGAAUUGGAUAUUUCCAAUAACAAGAUUUCUGGUCAAAUUCACAAAUGGGAAAUAGAAGGGAUGUCGUCAUUGCACUAUUUAAACCUUUCUUAUAACUUCUUGACUGGUAUAGAUUUAUUCGGUUUUGGAAAUCUUAGCACUGUUGACCUCAGAUCCAACUUACUACAAGGAUCACCACCCAUUCUAUCAACAACUUGGUAUUCUAUGCAACAACUCUUCAUUUCAGGGAAUAAUUUGACUGGAGAAAUCCCUUCUUCUUAUUGCAAUUUGACUUCUCUUGAAGUUCUAGAUUUAGCUAAUAAUAGUUUGGGAGGAAAAAUUCCAGAAUGUCUUGGAAACUUGAGUAAUCUCCUGUUCUUGGAUCUGCGGAUGAAUAAGUUCCAUGGUAGGAUUCCAAAUUCAUUUGUCAUUCCAAAUUACAUCAGUUCCUUGUUAACUCUCAGCCUAAAUGGCAACCAGUUGGAAGGGAUACUGCCACGGUCUUUGGUUAAUUGCCGUUACUUGGAACUUCUAGAUGUUGGGAACAACAACUUGAAUGAUACCUUUCCACAUUGGUUAGGUGUUCUUCCAUCACUACAAGUUCUCAUCCUUCGAUCUAAUCGAUUUCAUGGUGCCAUCAACGAUUCUAUGCCUGCAUCUCACUUCCCUCAGUUGAGAAUCGUUGAUGUUGCACAGAACAAUUUUAUGGGUCUUCUACCGAGUAACUAUUUCAAAAUUUUGAAAGGUAUGAGAGAUGUAGCUCCAGUUGAUGUCGAAUGGGAAUACAGUGAUAACUAUACGGCAUGUUUAAGAGACGGACAUUGCCAUAAGAUUUAUAAGGAGUCUGUGAAGGUAGUAAUGAAAGGGUCAGAGAGGGAGCUUGUAAGGAUCUUGAGAACUUUCACAACUAUAGAUUUCUCGAGCAAUCAAUUUCAUGGACCGAUUCCUGACAAGCUGGGAGAACUCAAUGCACUUUUAUUGCUAAACUUAUCUCACAAUAGCCUCAAUGGUCAAAUCCCAUCAUCAUUGGGGAAAUUAGCAGAACUCGAGUCAUUAGAUCUCUCAUCAAACAAGCUUGAAGGUAGGAUUCCAGAGCAAUUGACAAAGCUGACGUUCCUAUCAGUUUUGAAUCUUUCACAUAAUGAACUCGUGGGCCACAUACCUGAAGGGAAGCAGUUCAGUACUUUCUCAAAUGAUUCCUACAUUGGGAACUCUGGGUUGUGUGGAUUCCCAUUGACAAAGAAAUGUGGAGAACCAAGGCCACCUUCAUCGCAAUUUGAUGAAGAAGAUGACUCUACAACAGUCUUUGAGUGGAAGUUUGCAUUGGCAGGGUAUGGAUGUGGAUUGGUGUUGGGACUUAGUCUGGGAUACAUUGCCUUCACUAUAGGAAAACCAUGGUGGUGCAACCAAGUGCGGUUGAUUUCCUACUUCCGGGCAGAUCUGGCAACAGUUGCUUCUUGAGCUUGUUUCCAUCUUUUUCAUGUUCAUUGUUGAUAUAUAGUUAUAUUGACUCGUGUGGGAAUUAUGGUUAUAUAUGAAUUUGUGUUGAUUUCUUUUGGAUUUGAUCUAUCUACUCUGCACGCAGUUCUCGUGUGUUUUGUUACUGUAAUUUGAUCCUUCUGUGAUUUUUGCCAAUCACAUUUUAUCCUUCUGCACGCAGUUCUCUUCAUAUCAUAUUUUAUCCUCUUCUUUUGGUUUGGUUGCCUUUGAACGGUGCGUUUCACUGAAUAAAAAUGAAAAUUUCUU